GAAUGAAACUCUGCCUCAAAAGGAAAAAAAAACUGGGGGAGAAGGUAGCCUGGAUAUUCCUUUCAACUCUAAACUUUAAUUCUGUGAACAGCAGGGAUGAGGGAGAGGAUGAGGCUCCUUCCUUAUUGGACAAAACCCCAUUGGUACUAAAUGCUCCCAGGCUCCCUUGCCUAGGAAGGUAUCCCCAGAACAGUGGGAAGUCUGGUUUCACAACUGGGGACCACCAGCUCAGGAUCUCAUGAGGCCCCAGGACCCUCUGAGCAGGGGCCCAGAUGCUCAUCCCUGCAGGCCAGAUUGGCCCUUACAUUGCCCAAGUCAUUCUCGUUCCUGUCGAUUGGUUGGUGGCAGCAAGGAACAAGCCUCUAGGUCCACUUACCAGCAACUGGGGGAACUGAGCCUCUUGCAGAGAAUGAGAGCCCCAUGUCUACUCUAGGAAAUGAGCUUUUUAAUUUAACUGGUCAGGCCUCAACCCACAUUAGGGGUUCACGACCAUUGUACAGACAGCCGUAGCCAGCUGUUCACAGCCCAGACAGACUUGUCCUAUCUAGACAGCCCCUCCUCCCAGCUCUGGGACCUGUCUGGCUGUGAGCUCCCAGGAGGUCCCAGGGGUGUGACCUCCCUCCCUCCUUCCCUCUCCACUCCUUACCUCCUCCCUCCACUCCAGGCUAUAAAGCUGCCCAGGCUUGGCUCUCAGCACAUCCAGCUGCCUAAGACCCUCCUUCAGCCAUCUCGAGGGACAUUCCCAUUCUGUCCACUGCUCCUUCCAGGCAGUGCCAUGCGACCCCUGUGGCUCUGCUGGGCACUCUGGGUGCUGCCCCUGGCCGGCCCCGGGACGGCCCUGACUGGGGAGCAGCUCCUGGGCAGCCUGCUGCAGCAGCUGCAGCUCAGCGAGGCGCCGGUACUGGACAGGGCCGACAUGGAGGAGCUGGUCAUCCCUGCCCACGUGAGGGCCCAAUACGUGACCCUGCUGCAGCGCAGCCACGGGGACCGCUCCCGCGGCAAGAGGUUCAGCCAGAGCUUCCGAGAGGUGGCCGGCAGGUUCCUGGCGUCGGAGGCCAGCACCCACCUGCUGGUGUUCGGCAUGGAGCAGCGGCUGCCGCCCAACAGCGAGCUGGUGCAGGCCGUACUGCGGCUCUUCCAGGAGCCGGUCCCCAAGGCCACGCUGCACAGGCACGGGCGGCUGUCCCCGCGCAGCGCCCGGGCCCGGGUGACCGUCGAGUGGCUGCGCGUCCGCGACGACGGCUCCAACCGCACUUCUCUCAUCGACUCCAGGCUGGUGUCCGUCCACGAGAGCGGCUGGAAGGUCUUCGACGUGACUGAGGCCGUGAACUUCUGGCAGCAGCUGAGCCGGCCCCGGCAGCCGCUGCUGCUACAGGUGUCGGUGCAGAGGGAGCAUCCGGGCCCACUGGCGUCCGGCGCCCACAAGCUGGUCCGCUUUGCCUCGCAGGGGGCGCCGGCCGGGCUUGGGGAGCCCCAGCUGGAGCUGCACACCCUGGACCUCGGAGACUACGGAGCUCAGGGCGACUGUGACCCUGAAGCACCAGUGACCGAGGGCACCCGUUGCUGCCGCCAGGAGAUGUACAUUGACCUGCAGGGGAUGAAGUGGGCCGAUAACUGGGUGCUGGAGCCCCCGGGCUUCCUGGCUUAUGAGUGUGUGGGCACCUGCCAGCAGCCCCCGGAGGCCCUGGCCUUCAAGUGGCCGUUUCUGGGGCCACGACAGUGCAUCGCCUCGGAGACUGCCUCGCUGCCCAUGAUCGUCAGCAUCAAGGAGGGAGGCAGGACCAGGCCCCAGGUGGUCAGCCUGCCCAACAUGAGGGUGCAGAAGUGCAGCUGUGCCUCAGAUGGAGCGCUCGUGCCAAGGGGACUCCAGCCAUAGGCGCCUGGUGUAGCCACCGAGGGACUUGACUUGUGUGUGUUUCUGAAGUGUUCUAGGGUACCAGGAGAGCUGGUGAUGACUGAAUUGCUGAUGGACAAAUGCUCUGUGCUCUCUAGUGAGCCCUGAAUUUGCUUCCCUUGACAAGUUACCUCACCUAGUUUGUGCUUCUCAGGAAUGAGAGUCCUUGGCCACUGGGGAGCCCUUGCUCAGUUUUCUCUAUUCUUAUUAUUCGCUGCACUAUAUUCUAAGCACUUACAUGUGGAGAUACUGUAACCUGAGGGCAGAAACCCCAAUGUGUCAUUGUUUACUUGUCCUGUCACUGGAUCUGGGCUAAACUCCUCCACCACUAUGGACCUAAGACCUGGGGUUAAGUGUGGGUUGUGCAACCCCAACUCAGAUAAUAAAGACUUUGUAAAACAUGAAUAAAACACAUUUUAUUCUGUA